CUUAUUAGUUGUUUAAAAGGGUCUCAUCAGUUGUCUCUUCUUUACCAGCAUAUACUGUUAUAGAAUAGUGCCAAUUUCAGUUGUAUAUGGUGGGUCAGACAGCACAAUAAUUCAUAUAAAGUUUUGUUCUUGAAAAUCUUGUUGUUGUGUUAAGCGAACAGGAAUGUCCUGUGGGGUUGAGUUUCUUGAAAGUUCAAAGAAAGGUGUGAAAACUAUUCUGGGGUAAUGAGUAAGGAGGUGAAGAAAGGGAAGCAGGAGGGUAAAAGUAGUUGUGAUGUUGCUGAGAAAGUUAUGGUGGCUGUUAAGGCAUCAAAAGAGAUACCUAAGAAUGCUCUUGUGUGGGCUUUGACUCAUGUUGUUCAACCUGGAGAUUACAUUACACUUCUUGUGGUUGUUCCUUCACAAAGCUCUGGUAGAAAGAUGUGGGGUUUCCCCAUUUUUGCUGGAGAUUGUGCCAAUGGUCCCCGGAAGUCACAUUCCGGAAAUAGUAAUGAGCAAAAAUCAGACUUAACAGAUUCCUACUCUCAGAUGAUCCUUCAGCUCCAAGAUGUUUAUGAUCCCACUAAGAUAAACAUGAAGAUUAAAAUUGUUUCUGGUUCACCGCAUGGAGCUGUGGCUGCUGAGGCAAAGAAGAGUCAAGCUAAUUGGGUUGUUUUGGACAAACAUCUCAAACAUGAGAAGAAAUGUUGUAUGCAAGAGCUGCAUUGCAAUAUCGUAGUAAUGAAACGAUCUCAACCAAAAGUUCUCCGCCUAAAUUUAGUCAGUUCACCUAAAAAGGAACCUGAUGUCUCGGGCUCAUUAUCUUCAGAGAAAGCUCAAUCAUGUGGACCAGAACUAGAAAAGAAUUAUUCAUUGGCUUCUUCUAGAGGUCCAUUAGUAACACCAACAAGUAGUCCAGAAAUUUUCAGUGUUACUGAAGUUGGUACUUCAUCAGUUUCAAGUUCUGAUCCAGGAACUUCACCAUUUUUUGUCGCUGAAGUAAAUCGGGAUUUGCAUAAGGCAGAGUUGUUAGCCUUAAAGGAAGAUCAAGAUGUAGAUAGUUCAAGUUCAGAGAGUGAGAGUGAAAAUCUAUCUUGUUCAAGCUCGAGAUUCCAACCGUGGGUGGUGGACAGUGUCAGUUCACAUUGUCAACUCUCUCAACGCCAGCAAAUUAGCUCGAUAAGAUCUUUUGACAGGCCACAAACAUCUACAACCAAUUCAUUACUGGAGAAGUUUACUAAGCUUGAUACAGAAGGUGGCUCUGGAUCCCCGAGCUAUAGAAAUGAUAUGGAUUACAAUCGAAAUAUGAGAGAAGCAGGUCCAUUAACCAGAAGUGCACCUCUUGGCCCUCCUCCCUUGUGUUCAAUAUGUCAACACAAGGCUCCUGAAUUUGGGAAACCUCCCAGGUGGUUCACUUAUACAGAGCUGGAGCUUGCAACAGGAGGAUUUUCACAAGCCAAUUUCUUGGCAGAGGGAGGAUAUGGAUCCGUUCACAGAGGAGUCCUUCCAGACGGUCAAGUUGUUGCUGUCAAGCAACAUAAGUUGGCAAGUUCUCAAGGGGAUCAAGAAUUUUGCUCGGAAGUUGAAGUGCUCAGCUGUGCUCAGCACCGAAAUGUUGUCAUGUUGAUAGGAUUCUGCAUUGAAGACAGGAGAAGAUUGCUAGUAUAUGAAUAUAUAUGCAAUGGAUCUUUAGAUUCUCAUCUAUAUGGACGCAAUAAGGAACCUUUGGAGUGGUCUGCACGUCAAAAGAUAGCUGUUGGAGCUGCACGAGGUUUGCGAUAUCUUCAUGAAGAGUGCAGAGUGGGCUGCAUUGUCCAUCGGGACAUGAGACCAAACAACAUUCUCAUCACUCAUGACUUUGAACCACUAGUCGGAGACUUUGGUUUGGCUAGAUGGCAACCGGAUGGUGAUACAUGCGUUGAAACGAGAGUACUUGGAACAUUUGGGUACUUGGCUCCUGAGUAUACUCAAAGCGGCCAAAUUACUGAGAAAGCUGAUGUUUACUCAUUUGGUGUGGUGCUCGUAGAGCUUGUAACUGGUCGUAAAGCAGUGGAUCUUAACAGGCCUAAAGGCCAGCAGUGUCUCACAGAAUGGGCACGUCCAUUGUUGGAAGAAUGUGCAAUCGAUGAGUUAAUAGAUGCCCGGAUAGGAAGCAGCUACAAGGAGCACGAGGUGUAUUGCAUGGUGCAUGCUGCAUCUUUGUGCAUAAGGCAGGAUCCUCAGACUAGGCCUCGAAUGUCUCAGGUACUUCGAAUUCUUGAAGGUGACCUGAUGAUGGAUUCUGGUAAAAUGUCUACAACACCUAGGCAUGAUGUGGGAAGCCAAAGUGGAAGGAUUUUGUCUAAUCACCUCAUGCAGUAUGAAAGGUACAGUGGUUCUAUACGAAAUGACGAAUUGGAGGGUCUAAGUCCAAAGCUCUCAUUUGAUAAAAGGAACCCCUCUAUUAUUUGGGAUAGGGAUAGUCACAGGACUGCAUUUUCAGAUCAUCUGUAAAUUACUU